AUGUCUUCGCCCAUACUUACACCUCCCAACCACUCAAGUCCUCCUUAUCGGUCGCACGCCGCCUUGACCAAGAGCGAGGAGUACCUAAUAAGCAACAUACCGUCAGCACCGUCGUUCCAGCAUAUCGCCCGCGAAAGGCCGGGAGCGAUGAUGUUAAGGGCUACACUCCCCUUCCGCGUCCAAAUACCACAUCCCCCGUCCCACCUUCACCACCCGGUCUCGUGGUUCCGCGAGGCUACCCAUGGCAAAGCGCCACCGAGACAGCCAUCAAGCUACACAUCGCGCGCCCUUGACUGGGAUCAUGGCCAAGGUCAUCGACAGGAUGAUCCUUGA